CUUAAUUUUUCUGCGUUUUUACACUUUUCAUUGCAAUUCUGGAUAUCGAGAUCAUGCGCAUUCAAAUGGGACCUGUUCUGAAAAUUGUUUGUUCUGCGUUUUCAUUACUGUUUUAGUUGGAAUAUAAAUGUUUCGCCGUGCACUGCUUGUUUUGGGGUAAAGAUGACCCGUGUCUUUUGUGCUUUUGCUGGAGUCAUGUUGGUGUUUCGCAUUCUUUUGCUGUGCAUCGUGGAGAUGCAUACUGACUGCGAUGCUGUGCUCGCCGCCGGUCUCACCACUUUCAGGGCUUUCGCUCCACCUGCACAAGAGGGUGUUGUACGGACCGUCGAUCGGAUUUACCAUGGGGGUGGGAAGGUUGGUUACCUACUCUACAUGGAUGGGAGAAGGUUUCAGUUAGAUAUGGAGAGGGAUGAGUCAAUUUUGUCACAUCACUCCAGUCCGAAAUAUGUGAUGGCCCUGAUGGGGGCGGGAGAAGGCGCCGCGCCUCUGCACCGGGAGUGUGUUUACCGGGGAACCGUGGACUCCAACCCCGAGUCCCUGGCGGUUUUCAGCCUCUGUGGUGGGGGUCUAGAGGGAUUUUUCGCUUUGAAACACGCACGCUACACAAUCACACUUCUCAUCCGAACCAAGGGACACGAUAACGACGUGCGUUCGCUGGUUGACAAGGAUGCGGAGAGCGCGCUCCACUACUUCACGCGGGAGAGCUUCAGCUUCGAAGCCAUGCCUGUGAGCGAGAGCUGUGGGACCAAGGAAGGGCGCGGGCGCAUGGAUGCAUCGAGGAAACACCGGCGUAAGGGUCGAGGGAACGGGAAACGCGACCGGCAUGGUGUCACCCUGGACAGGGGCGAGGAGCGCAGCAGAGCGCAAGGCAGAAGAUGGUGGACACAGUUGUCCAAACCUGCCUCUCCACCCUCACUGGGAAGUCGGCGCAAGAGGUCGGUUUCGCGCGCUAGGCACGUGGAGCUCCUGCUGGUCGCCGAUGAGUCCAUGUCCAAGAAGUACGGCAAGGACCUGCACCACUACCUGCUCACGCUGGCCUCCAUCGCUUCCAAGUUGUACGGCCAUGCCAGCAUCGAGAAUCCCAUCCGUCUGUCCGUUGUGAAGGUGACCAUGGUCACGGAGAAGGAGAAGGGGCUGGAGGUGUCCAAGAACGCAGCCGCCACCCUCAAGAGCUUCUGCAAGUGGCAGAACCAGCAGAACCCACUGGACGAUGACAACCAGCACCACCACGACGCCGCCAUCCUCUUCACCAGGCAGGACCUGUGUGGGCACCACUCGUGUGACACACUGGGCAUGGCCGACGUUGGCACCAUCUGUUCACCAGAGAGGAGCUGUGCCGUCAUAGAGGACGACGGACUCCAUGCCGCCUUCACCGUGGCACACGAGAUAGGUCACUUGCUGGGCCUGUCUCACGACGACUCCAAGUUCUGCGAAGAGCGUUUCGGGGCCAGCGCGGACAAGCGUCUCAUGUCGUCCAUCCUGACCUCCAUCGACGCCUCCAAACCCUGGAGCCGCUGCACCUCAGCUACCAUCACUGACUUCUUUGACGAUGGCAACGCCGAGUGUCUCCUGGACCCCCCUCGCCAGCCCCUGCUCGGCUCAGAGGAGCUGCCCGGCCAGAGCUACGACGCUGUGCGCCAAUGCCGCCUGGCGUUUGGACCUGAGUACACGGUCUGCCCGGGCAUGGACGUGUGCGCCCGCCUGUGGUGCGCAGUGAUACGCCAGGGGCAGAUGGUGUGCCUGACCAAGAAGCUGCCCGCUGUGGAGGGCACGCCGUGUGGCAAGGGUCGCAUCUGCCUCCAGGGCAAGUGCGUGGACAAGACCCGCAAGAGACACUACUCGGCAUCUAACCAUGGUAGUUGGAGUUCGUGGGGUCCGUGGGGGGCAUGUUCGAGGACGUGUGGUGGAGGGGUGCAGUUCGCCCAGCGUCUGUGUAACAACCCGCCACCCCGAAACAAUGGGCGCUACUGCACCGGCAAGAGAGCCAUCUACAAGUCCUGCAGUGUCACCCCGUGCCCCUCGCCCAGUAAGAGUUUCCGCCAGGAGCAGUGUGAGGUGCGGAACGGCCCCCAGACAGACCCUAAGGGGGUCAAGACCUUUGUGGAGUGGGUACCCAAGUUCGCAGGAGUGCUGCCUAAAGAUGUGUGCAAGCUGACCUGCCGGGCCAAGGGCACAGGCUACUAUGUAGUGUUCUCGCAGAGGGUGGUGGACGGGACCGAAUGCCGGCCGUACAGCAGCUCAGUGUGUGUGAAGGGCAAGUGUGUGCGUACCGGAUGUGACGGCAUCAUUGGCUCCAAGCUGCAGUUUGACAAGUGUGGCAUCUGCGGAGGGGACAGCACUGGCUGCAUCAGAGUGAUAGGCAACUUCACCAAGAAGAGUAAGGGCUACACAGACGUCGUGAAGAUCCCAGCGGGCUCCACCCACAUCAAGGUCCGCCAGCACAAGCCCAAGGACCAACCCCGUUACACAGCCUACCUGGCCCUGCGUCGUCCCAGUGGCGACUACCUUCUCAACGGCAAGUUCAUGAUCUCUACCUCAGAGACAGUCAUCCCCCUCAACGGCUCGGUGCUCAACUACAGUGGCUGGAGCCAGCGGGACGAGUGGCUACACAGCAUGGGCCCUGGGGCCCUCAGAGAGGCCCUUACAGUUCAGAUUCUGGCCACGGACGCCAAGAGGCCCCUGGAUAUCCGCUACAGCUUCUUCAUGCCUCGUCGUGUUUCGGCUCCACCACCGCCGCCUCCUCCGCACACCUCCACAACUACACCCACCACUACUACUACAACAACCACCUCUGCUAGAUCAAGCAGUAGAACCACAUCGGCCCUGUUUUCGGCUCUGGCUCUCUCUAGAGCCCCAGGGGUGUCGACGGCGGCCUCUGGGCCCCAGUGGGUGACUGGCCCCUGGAUGAUCUGCUCCAGGACUUGUGACACGGGGUGGCAGAGCCGCACGGUGCAGUGCAAGGACCCGCAGGCCAAGCUGGCCAAGGGCUGCCCUCUGGGCGACCGCCUCUCCGCCUUCAAACAAUGCCUAGUGAAAAAGUGUUGAGAGGACCAGAAACUAGACUCCCAUGAAAGUAGGGGGUACACACAGACAGAGACACUGGCUAUUGACAGUCAACCCCUCCUCUUCCUUACCCCACACCCUACUAUGCCAGGCCCUGCUUGGCACAGCUACAGACAUACGACGGAUACAUGUGGACACUUCCGAAUAGUGCAGCCGCCCAAUCAACCCCCACUUGUCAAAUCCCUCCUCUAUCUGAAGGUUUUGUUUGUAUUCCUCUGUUAAUGACACUUUUUUGUUUGCUUUUCUGUAUGUUCUUGCUACUGUGGGUUUUUCAUGAUUGUCCGCUUUGUCUCUUUGUCUUGUGUGACUGCGCACCUCUGGACCAUGGGCCUCCGUACUAGUCUGUUGUGGGGCACUUUUUCUCCACUUCCGUUAGGGGUCCCCUUUUUUAUUUUUGCUCCUCCCACGGCCGAUUCUCCACAUAAGAUUGGUCUAUCCAACUUCCUGUUUUGGAUUGCGGACCAGGAAGUAGCCUGGGGGCACAACCAAGAGCAAACGAUCCGUACUGUAACCAGUCCAGAAAUGGGGUUGAACCGCACUGCAAACAUCCCAGGUCAGAAAAUGGACAUAUAGUGAUAGACUGAGUUGGGGCAGAGUUGUGCCCAACAGCUAGUGCUGAGCGAUUAACCUACAUUUAGUUUAUUAUUUUGGUUUUUAAACAACUAAUUGACAGACUUUGUUUUAAUUAUUUGGAUUCCAUGUAGUUAUGUUUUUUUUUCUGUGGACUCAAUGUGCACAUUGAUCAGUUUCUCUAGAAAUAAAUCAGAUCAAGCCCUGUGCGAUCUGGGAGUUGUAGUCUAGUUGGGAGUUGUAGUUUACAUCAGGCCAAUAUUCUAAAUAGUUUAGUGCAGAAAACAUGCUAAUUAACUACAAGGAUCAUAAUAGAUUGCAUGUGUACUUGUCCGGUCUGUGUGUUUCUUUUAUGCCUGCUACAUUAGGUUAGUACAGAAGAAUGCGCACUCGAGUGGGAUAGAGAGCAGUUACUUAGCGAAGUAUCUCUACCUGAAAAUGCAUAGUCUAAGUGGUUGGUAGUUGGUAUUC